AUGUUCUCGAUCGGGGCUACUCCAAUCAUGCCAGUUACCUCAUCGUCAAUAUCCUAUACCGCUCAGAUGGCUCCCGCUGUACUGUCUAGUCCUGUGGACGUCUCGCAGCACGUUGGCACCAAUCACAAAAUAGCAGUGUCUGAUCUAUGCAAUGGAUAUGAUCCCAACGAUGUAUUAGUAGCGGAAGCAUUGGCCGGACUGCGGAAUGGUGGAAUGACUGGCAAUUCAUUAUCAGCAGAACAAUCACCCCAUGCAUCCAUCUCAUCAGCAUCAUCUCCAAUCAUCCAUCAAGAGCACUUUAUGCAAAGAGUGACAAAUAUACCCAUUGUGAAUAAAUCCAUAAACCAGAUUGGUGCUGUAUACGAGGCAGGCAAAAACACUAGUCGCAUUGUACGAUACUCGGCAGAAACUGUCGAAACUGGAGUCAAAUCGAUAUCUGGUCCUAUAUUGGACAAACUCGAACCCGCCUUGGCUCCAUUGGAUCGAUUUGCUUGUAAUCAACUCGAUAAACUGGAACGAGCCGUACCCUCCGUAUUCUCUCCUGUGCCCGGUGGAAGUCCUGUUAUGGAAUCAGCGUCCAUAGAUCCUUCAUUGUCAGGUGACGCUGUAGAUCGAAUGAUGGCAAUAGAUAGUUCACGGCCUCCUCAAAUACCCUUUCCAACCAUACCACAAUCACCACAUCUGGUACGAGCUAGUGCUAUGGGUAGCUCGCCUGGAUAUCCAUUACCCCCUGUAUCUCCUGGUGGAUUUGGAGUCAACGGCACAAUGUCGUCAAGAGGGGAUAUGCUGAUGGACCAUAAACCAAGGUCAGCAUGGCAGACUGCUCUGGGAGGAAUGUCCUCCAUCGUGUUAACUGACGAGACUAUGCGAGCACUCAAAUACUGUCUGCAAUGGCUUCAGUAUGCUACAUCUCACAUUGAGCGUCAAAUUGCUAUAUUGAGAGAUUAUCUGGCAAGAGCAGGUAGUCAAGUAGUAGGAAUGAUUGCUGGAUCUUCAAGUCAACUCACGCCACCAUUAUCUCCAUCAAACGAACUGGCCAUGACAACUGGAAAUGAUUUGAUGGCUGUCGUAGUUGGUAUCAAGAGAGAGAUUGUAGAUACAUUAAGAAAGGUGGUGGAUGUCAUUGGACGGUAUGCUGCUGCUUACCUACCGGGAGAUGCCAGAACCAGCGUUAGAGGUUUCAUUCUCAACCUUCCAACUCGAUGGGCCACUUUGAAUGGAAGUGAAGCAUCAUCAGGCAACAACACCAGCACCAAUGCUGCUUCUGCUGAAGCUCACAAAGUAUUGACGCUAGCAGGAGAAUCAUCUAACAUGCUAAAAUCAGUCAUGCACAUCUUUGCACAAACCGUAGAUGGUGCUGAACGAUUGAUGGGUAGAGUAGUAGGUGUUGGUUCAUGGGGCGCAGUCCCUUCACCAGUAUCAAACCCAGCAGUAUAUUCAUCAGUCCCAUGCAUUUUACCUGCUGCUAAUGGUAAUAGUAGCAUCAACAAUAGUAACGAACACCCAUUAAAUGAAGUCGUAGUCAAUGGUGUCAUUGCCUCUAAAGAUGAUGAUAUGGAGGAAGAUGACGAAGAAAAUUACGACGAUCCCUCAGGAAUGGAGGUCGACUCGUAA